AUGGCUCCCAAGACGGUGCUGAUCACCGGCUGCUCCUCGGGCAUCGGGCUGGCCCUGGCCGUGCGGCUGGCGCGGGACAAGCAGCGCCGCUUCCAAGUGAUUGCCACCAUGAGGAACGUGGGCCGGAGCGCGGCGCUGGCGGCGGCGGCGGGGCCGGCGCUGGGCCGGACGCUGGAGAUCAAACAGCUGGAUGUGUGCGACGAAGGCUCCAUCCGAGCCUGCCUCGACAGCAUCCCCGGGCGCCACGUGGAUGUCCUGGUCAGCAACGCCGGGGUGGGCAUGGUGGGCCCGCUGGAGAGCCAGAGCCUGGCGGCCAUGCAGAGCCUCAUGGACACCAACUUCUUCGGCCUCGUCCGCCUCGUCAAGGAGGUGCUGCCGGACAUGAAGCGGCGCCGCGGAGGCCACAUCGUGGUCAUCAGCAGCAUCAUGGGCCUGCAGGGCAUCGUCUUCAACGACAUCUACUCGGCCUCCAAGUUCGCGGUGGAGGGUUUCUGCGAGAGCCUGGUGGUGCAGGCGCUGCGCUUCAACGUGGCGAUCAGCCUGGUGGAGCCGGGGCCGGUGGUGACGGAGUUCGAGACGAAGCUGUACGAGGAGGCCGAACGCGCCGACUACUCCCGGACGGACCCCGAGACGGCCAAAAUCUUCACCGACCUCUACCUGAGGAACUCCAGGGAUGUGUUCGCCAGCCUGGGCCAGACCCCCGAGGACAUCGCUGAGGUGACGGGUGGGAGGGGGCUGGGCUGGGCUGGGCUGGGAAGAGAAGUGUUAAUUAGCCCAAAUGAGGAACACCAAUGGCCGGUUGCAAACAGGGCAGAUCCUGCCCGGACAGCUCCAUCCUGA